AUGGGAAUUUUCGGAAGGAGAGGAAAGGCAGAGCCGUACGUGGAACCCGCUCCUAGAAGACAGGGAUGCUGCCCUGGCAUUAGCCGCGUGGUCUGCUCUACAUUCCUCUCGAUCACGUUCCUCAGCAUCUUUGGACUUUCUGUCGCGGCAUUGGUGGGCUUCAGCCGUUACUGGACCUACUACACCACCAACAGGUCUGACCCUGGUGCCUACAAUGUCCAGACCGGCUGGCUUCACUUCCGCACCAGGGAUGUUGACAGCUCCAGCUUGCGGGACAUCAAUUUCGGACUGUGGGUGAUCGGCAUUAUCUGUGCUGCGGCCCUGGCUGUCUCCGUCGUCCUGUCGUUUGCCGAGUUCUUUGCGUCCGUCACCAACCAGACUGUCCUCUGGGGGAUCCUGAUCGCGUACAUCGCUUCUGCAAUCUUCAAGGUCCGUGACUACACCGGCAACACCGUCGGCACACCCUUCACUGUGUGGCCCAGCUGGGGGUGGAUCAUUGCCAUCAUCGCCUCAGUUCUGUGGUUCCUCGCCGGCAUCUUUGCAUCAUGCAUGGGCCCGAAGCGACCCAGGCAAGCGCUGCCAACCCACACCCCAACCGCUGGCGCAGCCUACCCAGGGGCCCACCCCGCAGGGGCCUACCCUGCAGCCCCCCACAAGGAGAAGCGCGGCUGGUUUGGCCGCAAGAAGGCCGGUGCUGCAGGCGCUACCGGUGCGGCCGCCCCAGGACAGCAGUACAAUGCUCAGCCCUUCAACCAGCCCAACCGUGACAUGGAGAUGGGCGCUGUGCCUGACAAGGGCACACGCUACAACAACGGCCACAACGGCCACAAUGGCGAGGCCCUAGCAGCCGGAGGCGUCGGAGCAGCUGCAGGCGCAGCCGGAGCACGUCACCACCACAACCAAGACAGGGCGGCGGGACCCGGCACAGGGCCGCUGGCAGCCGGCGCAGCCGCGCAGGAGCCCAAGCCCAAGCGCGGACUGUUCGGCUUUGGCAAGAAGCGCGCGGCAGAGCCGACACCGGCCGCCGGCGCGCAGCCAGGCUACGCCGCCGGCGAGCAGGGCUACGCCCGGGACCAGGAGUACCCCAGGGAGGCUCCGGCCGCCGGCGCUGGUAAUGCUCAGGGCGGCGCCUGGGCCGGCAGCCGUCUGACUCAGGAGGAAGAAGCCAACCGCGCCAACCUGGCUGGCAGGGAUGCCGCACCCCGCGGCGGGGCAGUGGAGCCCAGUGCUCCUGCGAUGACCGCCGCUGAAGAAGCCCCUCAGAAGAAGGGCGCUUUCUCCUUCUACCACUGA